CUCCUCUACAACAGAUUCAAUUGAAAUGGCAAACUGCUACCAAGUAGAAAUACUUCAGUUAUCAAUGAGACAAUCGAGAUGGCAGACAGUCGGGCAAAUAAGUCAUCGGAAGAAUCUUCAUCUGAGCCCAAUAAAUCGAGUAAGCUAGACAUAAAUAGCUAUGCGACGCGAAAAACUUUUGUCCAGGGAAUGCUGGAUCUAGCCCUUCUAACAGCCAAUGCCGCGCAGCUCAAGUACUUGCUUACUGUAGGAGAGGCCCAUCAGUUCUACACUUUAUUGUUGAUCUUGGUGGUAACCUCCAUAUCUCUUCAGGUGCUACAAGCUAUCAUCAUCGUAGUGCUGGGAACAUUACUCAAUAUCAACAAAAUCGAAGAGCAGCGAAGGUCAGACAUCAUCAACAAUAUACUGAUAUGCGUCUCGGUACUCUCCGUCGUUAUCAAUGUUAUCAUAAGUGCUUUCGAUAUGAAGAAUCAAAGCGCAGUGAAAUUGUCGUAAAAUAGUUUCGAUAAGGUACACCGGGGCAUAGUGAAAUGGGUGGGGCGGGAUAAAACGCAAAAUUUUCUAAGUUAUAUCAAUAAAAAGUGGUAAAGUUCUCUUCGCUUA